AUGCCUCCUCUCUUCCCUACCGCAGGCGCCCUUAACGCCGCCUUUGGCAGCUAUGCGCCACAGUCUGGCCUGCAGACCACCGAGGCUAGGCGCUCUCCAUACUCCGUCAGAGAGAACCUGUACCAGUCGUGGAGCGUCGCCGGCGAUGCUUCAGGCAAGGCUACAGAGCUGAGCAAUGCCGCUACCAAGGAGCUUCAGAAGGCUUCCCAAGCUGCGCAGGGCAAGUCUGGCAAAAUUGAGCUGUAUUCGGGCCAAUACUACGCAGCGUGAGACCUCACAGCACUUCCCACCGGCUGUCCACAUUCUCGCGCUAACGAUCUCGAGCUCAGAUGCACCGUUGGCGGUUUGCUCGCAUGCGGUCUUACCCAUUGGGCCGUGACCCCUUUGGACCUGGUGAAGUGUCGCCGACAAGUCGAUGCGAGCCUGUACAAGGGCAACUUUGACGGCUGGCGUAAGAUCAUUGCUUCCGAGGGUGUGAAGGGCUUGUAUACCGGAGGUGGUCCAACUUUGGUGGGGUACUCGGUCCAGGGAGCUCUGAAGUAUGGAUUCUACGAAUACUUCAAGAAGCUCUACUCGGAUAUCGCUGGCCCAGAAAUCGCCACCAAGUACAAGGCCGGCAUUUACGUCGCUGGUUCCGCUUCUGCCGAAUUCAUCGCUGAUAUGGGUCUUUGCUCCUUCGAGGCCGUCAAGAUUCGCAUGCAAACGACGCUGCCACCAUUCGCCAAGGGUACCUUCGAUGGUAUCAGCAAGAUCACUGCUGCUGAGGGCACCGCCGGUCUUUUCAAGGGUCUCUACCCGCUCUGGGGCAGACAGAUCCCUUACACCAUCAUGAAGUAAGGCUUGCCAAUGGUGCUUGAUGUUUUGGCAUUGCUGACCGGGCUCGCAGAUUCGCCUCGUUUGAAACCAUUGUCGAAAUGAUCUACAACCGUCUCCCCGGCCAAAAGAAGGACUACAGCUCUGGCGCCCAGACCGCUGUGGCAUUCAGCGGUGGUUACUUGGCCGGUAUUCUCUGCGCAGCCGUCUCCCACCCAGCCGAUGUCAUGGUCAGCAAGCUGAACUCUCAGCGCAAGGCUGGCGAGGCUUUCGGUGCCGCAGUGGGCAGGAUCUACAAGGACAUCGGUUUCGCUGGUCUGUGGGCGGGACUUCCCGUUCGUAUCGUCAUGGUUGGUAAGUAUUAAGCAGCUCGGAUGAACUCGACAAGAGCUCGACACUAAAUUGAUCUUAGGUACCCUCACCGGUCUGCAAUGGAUGAUCUACGAGUAAGCAUUCCUGAGAAGAGCGUUUUGUGUCGGAAAGCUGGCUGACGUCGCACGUAGUUCCUUCAAGCUCUUCAUGGGAUUCCCCACCACCGGCGGCUCCGCACCACCAGCAGAGAAGAAAUAG